AUGGCUUCCGCUACUACAACCACAAUAGUCCAAUUAAAUGUCCCAACACACUUCCCAAUUAAACUCACGACCGUGAAUUUCCCGGUGUGGCGGCGUCAAAUUCAUGCCACACUUGUUGGGUUUAAUCUCUUUGGCUAUGUUGAUGGUACAACCAAGGAACCAGCCAAAUUCACUGAUCGUGCUCAAACUUCUGUCAACCCGGCUCAUUUAGCUUGGUAUCGUCAAGACCAAGUUAUUGUCAGUGCUCUACUUGGGAGCUGUACUGACACCAUACAGCCCCUUAUCUCCUCGGCUACGACAGCCCAUGAUGCGUGGCAACGUCUUGUUGCUAGUUACGCUAGUGCCUCACGAGGACGUAUCAUAUCCCUCAAGGCCAAACUCACAAGGAAUCCGCGAGGGUCUCGGUCCAUCACCACUUAUCUCAAUGACAUGCGAGCCAUAGCUGAUGAUUUAGCGUUGGCUCAGUGUCCCGUAUCUAACGAAGAUCUAAUCGUCUAUGUGUUGACUCAGCUAGGCGAGGAUUACAGUUCCAUCACGUCGGUCAUCCGCGUUGGUGAGAAACCUCUUUCUUUUGGCGAGUUGGCAGAUGUGCUGACUGACCAUGAACGCCAAUUGACAGACGCAGAUGCUUUGCGUCAUCCCUUUUUACUACUGCUAAUGUUAGUCAACGCACCUGGUUACCCCCGCGGCACAACCACCAGUCCAACACCAACCGGAGGGCCUGCAACAAUAACAAUCAUUAUGGCUCCAAUCGGCAACAAGGGGAACACAAUCGCUCAGGUAUCGUCUGUAAGUUUUGUUAUCUUACGGGUCAUGAAACAAGGGUGUGUCGCAAGCUAG